AUGGCUGAUGAUCUAAUCAACCAGUGUGCGUCACUUAAAAUUAAUUCAGAAGAGGAGGAAGUUAUUGAUAUAGGAGAAAUAGAAACGAAUGGAGAAGAACUUAGGGUUUCGUUGAUGUUGAUCGGAAGACUGUUAACUGAUAGAGGCAUUAAUGUAGAAGCUUUCAAACGCACUAUCACCCAAUCUUGGGCAUUGAAGGGGCGAGUUAUCAUUCGUUGUAUUGGCCGGGGCAAACCUCUAUGGUUCCAAUUUCUUCACUGGAAGGAUAAGGAGAGAGUAAUGAUGGGUAGACCUUGGUGUUUCGAGCAUAAUCUGCUGAUUCUCAAUGAGAUUUCUAGAGGAGAACAGUCGCGUGAUGUGAAUCUAAACUUUUCACCAUUCUGGGUGAGAAUUAAAGACUUGUCGUUUGACUGUCGUACUAAUAGUCAUGUUAAUAUGAUAGCAUCGAAGUUAGGCGACGUAAUUGAAAUUGAAGAAGAUUCAGUAGCCAUAUGCAAAAGUCGUCGAGUGAAGGUCAUGUUGGAUGUGCAAAAACCCCUGAAAAGAUAUCAAACCCUACGUACGAAAGAAGGUAAUGUGAUUAGAAUAAAUCUGAAGUAUGAAAGAUUACCGUUCUUUUGUUUUUCGUGUGGGACAAUGGGGCAUAGUGAGAGGGAUUGUCUCUUGGUGUCUGAUGAUUCGAAUGAGCAAGGCCAUGGGUGGGGAGCUUGGUUAAAGGCGUCACCGAUGAAGGGUAAAAACUAG